CAUAUGGAGACUAACAGCAGAGACUUACUGCAGGCAGACUUUGAUGCAUUUGAUAUUUCUGAGGAGCUUGGGUUUCUCCUUGAAGAGCCACUGACUAACCUCCCAGAUUAUUAUCGAGUGUGGCUGGACCUGGCAAACAAUCUCACACAUCUGAUUGAGUCACGUAAACUACGGGAUCUGGUUCACAAGAUGCCUGUCUUGAGUCCCGACCUCUUGAACAACCAUCGGGAGCUCAGGCUGGCUCACCUAGCACUGGCAUUCAUCAGCAUGGGCUAUGUUUGGCAGGAAGGACAACGUGCACCUGCUCAGAUUCUUCCAAAAGCCCUGGCCUGGCCCCUUUGGCUUGUAUCUCGCAGGCUCGGCCUUCCACCCAUCCUGACUUACGCAGAUUCAGUUUUAGCCAAUUGGAAAUUAAGGGAUCCCACAGGGGAUAUGGAAAUUGGGAACAUGGACUUGAUCUUUUCUUUCCCUGGUGGUGAGACUUGCAGGGGAUUUUUCAUGGUGUCAUUGCUGGUUGAGAUGGCUGCCAGUUCAGGCAUAACGGGAGCUCUGGAGGUGAUGCACACUAUGAAAAUCUCUGACCCCAUCGGUAUUCAGAAAGGUCUGGCCAAAGUGACUCAGUCUUUGAAGAAGAUGAAGGAAACUUUCAAACUCAUGCACAAUCAUGUGGAUCCAACUGCGUUUCAUGGAACAUUGAGAAUUUUUGUCUCAGGAUGGCGGGACAACCCCAUGCUUCCAAGAGGGCUGUUGUAUGAAGGUGUGAGCAAUGAGCCGAUUUUGUUAUCGGGCGGGAGUGCAGCCCAGAGUUCAACCAUCCAGUGCUUCGAUGCUUUGCUGUGCAUCCAGCAUGAGGACGAGACAGGAGCCUUCCUGACACGCAUGAGGGAUUACAUGCCUCCUGCCCACCGCCAGCUGAUAGAAACUCUGUCUGACUGUCCAUCGCUGCGAGACUUCAUCCUGUCCCAUCCCAGCUCUGAUCUCUGCCAGGCCUAUAAGUCCUGUGUUUCAGCGCUGGUGGAUUUACGGAGCUACCACCUCAAUACUGUGACCAAGUACGUCAUUGUGCCCGGUAAUCAGGCCCGCGCCAUGGGCUGCCCGCUGAGAGGUGUGGGCACUGCACUGAACACCACAGGGACUGGCGGAUCCAAUCUAAUGGUCUUCCUUAAGAGUGUUCGUAACACCACUCAGAAAGCACUAAUCCUAGAGAGGCCAUCUACAUCAAGAGAAACUGAAAUGUAA